AUGAACUGUUUAUUGGCAUAUCUCAGUCGUGCUGCAAACCCCAUCAGGCGCUGCAGUAGGAUACUGGACCGGCUCUGCGGCAACCCGCUGAUAUUUGAGAAACUUAUUCUUCUGCAAGUACCCGCUCUGCUGGUGAAGUAUCUUGUCCUGGAGGAGGACGGCACUUUCCCCACUGUUAUGUUCUGCACAGAGUGGGAGAAUCAGUUUGGAAUACUUCAAAGAAGUAGAAUGAAUGUCAGCGACCUCUUCCCGUCAUCUCAAAGCUCGGAUAACACAGGUUCGCCGGCUUCAGAAUUAGGUCGGCUAAUGGAUCUGGAAUUUGGGGGCGACGCCUACAGCCGAAUGGUGUCCUCAAAGGCCAUUUCUGUCAGAUCAUUUUAUAGAGGACGGCCCAGCCUCUCCGUAGAGAGCCAAGCAGCUAGAGAUGGCUCCAGCAGUGAUGACGUGUAUGAGGCUGGAUGCAACAGGUCGCAGGUUCGAGUCCAGCUUGGGCUGAAGCUGUUGCACAGCUUGGGUUCAGUGGCCAUGUCCAACUUUGGCAGAGGAGAGAUUCAACAUGCACUGACUCACAGGACACCUCCCGAUAGGCUGGCAAGCUUGAUCAGCUUACUGUACAUUCCUUUCGGCUGGUAUGUUCUGUUAAAUGAUAAUCACAUUAAAUAACUUAAGUUUUUGAAUAGUUCCUAAAAUUCCACUUGAUCAUAAUGAUAACCCCACCCCCCUGUUGAUGUGUCUCAAAAAGUGUGUCAAUGGAUAUUGUAAGAAAAUCCAUUAUUGUUUUAUAGGAAUAUAACUAUCUUAAUGUAUCAAUUCAGCAGCAGGUAUUUCAGGAGUAAUUAUUUUAAACACCAAAAAAAAAAAUUUGUUUCUUUAAAAACUUUCUUCAAUAUUUAAAAUUCAUGUUAAAACAGUUAAAUUAAAUUCAGUAAGUUAACACCACAUUGUGGAAGUUGUUCCACCAUCUAGUUGCCAAUGCUCACAUUGUUUUUUUUAUCUUUAGUGAACAUGCCCCUACCCGCCGGAGUUUCAUCCGUCAGUACAAUUUGUGGGAUCAACUUCUGCCCUGCCUUUUCAUCCCGGAAGCACCCAGGGCCAGGGAAGCCAUUGUCGCUGGUGUGAGCCUCAACCUACAUCUGGAGAGCCCAGCUAAAUGUGUGAGACUUGUACCAAAACUUUUCUUAAAUCAUGAAGCUGCUGGACAAAAUCCUCUUUCAGAGGUUGUAACCCUAACAUCACAUGGGCAGUCCACGUCUGACAAUACGAGGGGCAGUACAACAGAGCCAGGUGGUGAAACUCUUGGUUCAGAGAAGGAAGAAAAGCCUGGGGAUGGCAAGGGUGGAUGUCCCUAUGCCAGGAAGUCACAUGAUGUAACAUUUGUGAUUCAUGAGGACGGCACAACUCACAGGUACAAAGUCAACAAGCAGGACAUGGUUCAGAAAUCUAGCAUAUUCGCUGCCAUGUUGGCAGGUUCAUAUAUUGAGUCCACCAAGUCUGAGAUUGUCAUAUCCGAGGUGAAUCCAGCUGUAUUUGAAUUUAUUGUUCAUUACCUGCAUGGCUGUUCCAUAGGCUGUCGAGUUAUAGACUCAAUAACUCCAAAAUGUGCAGCCUCUGCUGACCAUAGGGAAAACAAAAAGCAACAACCAAAUGCAAUUUUAGAAUUUCAGAUUUUGGAUGAUAAUGGAUGUCAGCAGGUCACGUCCGACAUACCGGUACUGGAUUCAAACAAAGGAAGCAGAAGUGGGUUACAUCGGCAAUGUGUUGCGUCUCCUGCUCCCAAUGAAGAAGUCCCAGGUGACGCUACACCUGAGGUGAAAUUGGAUAGAAAUUCAUUGCAUUCCAUGAAUGACCUGACCCAAUCUCAGGAAUCCCUUGACAGCCUGACACUUGAAGAUAGAAAUGAUGGCACAGAAACUUCCCAAAGCUACCCUGGAAUAUUCACGUCUGAAAACCACCUUGAAAAUAAUGAAACUGAAACAAUGUCCCCAUCUGAGAGAGGGGCAGAUAAAUUAUUACAACUGGUAAAUAAGUGUGCAGACAUUCUUGUUGUGGCUGAUCAGUUUCUUUUAAGUGAUCUUCUGAGUUAUGUCUGCUCCAUCUUGUCUCAUGUCUGCCUUCAGCCCAACACAAGCGAGACCAUUUUCCCUCUGGCCUGCUUUUAUAAGCUUGAUGCACUGGCUGUGGACUGUAUGAGAGAAACUCUCCUGUCAAAUCUCUCCAGUCAAGAGGCUGCCGCUAUUUAUGUUGAUCUGGGUGCCAGUGGAUACAAAGAUCAGGCGAUAAUGGCUCUGUCAAACUUGCUGAACAAGGCAUUUAAAGAUUAG